CGGAGCUGACAGUCGGCCUUUGGGGCGGUGGCAAAGGCGGCGGCCUGAGAGAGAUGGUGGGGGCGGCGGGGCUCAUGGCUGAAGGGAACUGGAAGGUGUUGGAGCGAAGAGCCCGGGCCAAGCGCUCAGUUUUGAAAAUUGCUCUAGUUUAGCCUGCGACGCUUAUGAUUAGAGUCAACAAUUUGAAAUGGCCAACUCACCUGAUGCCAUCGUCUCUUCUCCACCCGCUUUCUUAAGGUCUGGCUCCGUUUAUGAACCUCUGAAAAGCAUUAAUCUUCCGAGACCUGAUAAUGAAACUCUGUGGGAUAAAUUGGAUCAUUAUUACAGAAUUGUGAAGUCAACGUUGCUGCUAUAUCAAAGUCCAACCACAGGUCUCUUUCCCACUAAAACUUGCGGUGAUGAUCACAAGGCAAAAAUCCAUGACAGUCUUUACUGUGCUGCUGGGGCCUGGGCUUUGGCUCUUGCAUACAGGCGCAUUGAUGAUGACAAGGGAAGGACCCAUGAGCUGGAGCACUCGGCUAUAAAAUGUAUGAGAGGAAUUCUCUACUGCUAUAUGCGUCAGGCCGAUAAGGUCCAGCAGUUUAAGCAGGACCCACGCCCAGCAACCUGUCUUCACUCUGUUUUCAAUGUGCAUACGGGAGAUGAGAUCCUCUCCCAUGAGGAAUAUGGCCAUCUUCAGAUAAAUACAGUGUCACUGUAUCUCCUUUACCUUGUGGAAAUGAUUUCCUCAGGACUCCAGAUUAUCUAUAACACUGAUGAGGUAUCUUUUAUUCAAAACCUGGUAUUUUGUGUAGAAAGAGUUUACCGUGUACCUGACUUUGGUGUCUGGGAAAGAGGUAGCAAAUAUAAUAAUGGCAGCACAGAACUACAUUCAAGCUCUGUUGGCUUAGCAAAAGCAGCUCUAGAAGCAAUUAAUGGAUUCAACCUCUUUGGCAACCAGGGAUGUUCUUGGUCGGUUAUAUUUGUGGAUCUUGACGCUCACAAUCGCAAUAGGCAAACUUUGUGUUCACUGUUACCCAGAGAAUCAAGAUCUCAUAACACAGAUGCUGCCCUACUACCUUGCAUCAGUUAUCCUGCAUUUGCCCUGGAUGAUGAAGCUUUGUUUAGCCAGACACUUGAUAAAGUAGUUAGAAAAUUAAAAGGAAAAUAUGGAUUUAAGCGUUUCUUGAGAGAUGGUUAUAGAACAUCAUUGGAAGAUCCCAACCGACGCUACUACAAACCAGCUGAAAUUAAGCUCUUUGAUGGCAUUGAAUGUGAAUUUCCCAUAUUUUUCCUUUACAUGAUGAUUGAUGGAGUUUUUAGAGGCAAUCCCAAACAAGUAAAGGAAUAUCAGGAUCUUUUGACUCCAGUACUUCAUCAGACCACAGAAGGUUAUCCUGUCAUACCAAAGUACUAUUAUGUGCCAGCAGAUUUUGUAGAAUAUGAGAAAAGAAACCCUGGUAGUCAAAAGCGAUUUCCUAGCAACUGUGGCCGUGACGGAAAACUCUUUCUUUGGGGACAAGCCCUUUAUAUCAUUGCAAAACUUCUGGCUGAUAAAUUAAUCAGUCCUAAAGACAUUGAUCCUGUCCAGCGCUAUAUCCCACUACAGAAUCAACGCAACGUGAGCAUGAGGUUUUCCAAUCAAGGCCCACUGGAAAAUGAUUUGGUAGUUCACGUAGCACUCAUAGCAGAAAGUCAACGCCUUCAAGUUUUCCUCAACACGUAUGGUAUUCAGACUCAAACACCUCAACAGGUAGAGCCCAUUCAGAUUUGGGCUCAGCAGGAGCUGGUGAAAGCUUAUUUCCACCUGGGUAUCAAUGAAAAAUUAGGACUCUCCGGAAGACCGGAUAGACCCAUUGGCUGCCUCGGUACAUCAAAGAUUUAUCGCAUUCUAGGAAAGACUGUGGUUUGUUACCCUAUCAUCUUCGACUUAAGUGAUUUCUACAUGUCUCAAGAUGUUUUACUGCUGAUAGAUGACAUAAAGAAUGCACUACAGUUCAUUAAGCAAUACUGGAAAAUGCAUGGACGCCCACUUUUCCUUGUUCUCAUCCGGGAAGAUAAUAUACGAGGUAGCAGAUUCAACCCCAUAUUAGAUAUGUUGGCAGCCUUUAAAAAGGGAAUGGUUGGAGGAGUCAAAGUUCAUGUUGAUCGUCUACAGACACUAAUAUCUGGAGCUGUAGUAGAACAACUUGACUUCCUACGAAUCAGUGACACAGAAGAGCUUCCAGAAUUUAAGAGUUUUGAGGAACUAGAACUUCCCAAACAUUCAAAAGUCAAACGACAAAGCAGUACCUCCAGUACUCCUGAACUAGAACAGCAACCAGAUGUCGCCAUUAUCGAAUGGAAGAACAAGCCCACCCAUGAAAUUCUUCAAAAACUGAAUGACUGCAGUUGUCUGGCUAGCCAAGUCAUCCUGCUGGGUAUACUGCUCAAAAGAGAAGGCCCCAACUUCAUCACCAAGGAAGGAACCGUUUCUGAUCACAUUGAGAGAGUCUAUAGAAGAGCUGGCAGCAAAAAGCUUUGGUCGGUUGUGCGCUGUGCAGCAAGUCUUUUAAGUAAAGUAGUGGACAGCCUGGCCCCAUCCAUUACUAAUGUUUUAGUGCAGGGAAAACAGGUAACUCUGGGUGCCUUUGGGCAUGAAGAAGAGGUUAUCUCUAAUCCUUUGUCUCCAAGAGUGAUUAAGAACAUCAUCUAUUACAAGUGUAAUACCCAUGAUGAGAGGGAGGCAGUCAUUCAGCAAGAACUGGUCAUCCAUAUUGGCUGGAUCAUCUCCAAUAACCCUGAGUUAUUCAGUGGCAUGCUGAAAAUACGAAUUGGGUGGAUCAUUCAUGCUAUGGAGUAUGAACUACAGAUCCGUGGUGGAGACAAGCCAGCCAGAGACUUGUAUCAGCUGUCACCUAGUGAAGUUAAACAGCUUCUGUUGGAUAUUCUUCAGCCUCAACAGAAUGGAGGAUGUUGGCUGAACAGGCGUCAGAUUGAUGGGUCUUUGAAUAGAACUCCCGCUGGGUUCUAUGACCGAGUAUGGCAGAUCCUGGAGCGAACUCCCAAUGGUAUCAUUGUAGCUGGGAAGCAUUUGCCACAGCAACCAACCCUGUCAGAUAUGACCAUGUAUGAGAUGAAUUUCUCUCUCCUUGUUGAAGAUAUGUUGGGGAAUAUUGACCAGCCAAAGUACAGACAGAUUGUUGUGGAGUUACUAAUGGUUGUAUCCAUUGUACUGGAAAGAAACCCUGAGCUAGAAUUUCAAGACAAAGUAGAUCUAGACAAACUGGUGAAAGAAGCAUUUCAUGAAUUUCAAAAAGACGAGAGUCGACUAAAGGAAGUUGAAAAACAAGAUGACAUGACUUCCUUUUACAACACUCCCCCACUGGGAAAAAGAGGAACAUGCAGCUAUUUGACAAAGGUUGUGAUGAAUUUGCUGCUAGAAGGAGAAGUCAAACCAAGCAAUGAUGACCCAUGUCUGGUUAGCUAGUGAGAAAGGUGUAAAAGGCUCUGUUGAGACAUGUUUUCUAGUAGUGUGUUAAGUUUUGUGUUGAAGCUUGGUUCAGGCCACCAUUAAUGUAUGGACUGAGUAUGUUGGUGAGGUGGUUGCCACGUCCUUGGCAGAGCCACUGGACCUCUUGCACUCCAUAGCCAAUCUAAUGGUAAGAAAUGCUGUAACUAGGUGGAAAAAAGUUCUGAUGAUUAUUAUGCCAACUACAAUAAUAAUCUUUACUGAAUGAUAGAAAUAGUUUAUGAAUUGAAAGUUCACUACUGCAUGUUUUAUGAUCAAAUAACUCAUCAAAAUGAAUCUUUGCUCUUUGGACUAAAUUCCCACCUUACUGCCAUUAAAAUGAAUUUGUCAGCUAGUGAUGCAUACUGGAUAUUGAAAGAAUGAUGAACUUAACUUAGUGUCAUUGUUAUACUAAAAAAAGAUAUUAAAAAUCAUAAAAGCAAAUCUGCCAGCUAAUGUUUUGAUUCUCAAAAACUGCAUUGUUGAUGAAAUUUUAGUAUACAGAACUAUUGUACAACUUUUACCUUAUAAACAUGACUAUAGUUGUGUAUUUGUGCUGACUUUAGGGGUUGGACUAAAAUACAGUGUAAUCUAUACCUGAUUAGACAUUUUUCUUUGAGCUCUUACUAAAAAUAUGGCAUAUGUAAGAUUUUUCAGAAGUAUGGACUGUUAACCUAGUUUGUACUAGUAAAAAAAAUUGAAAAUCAUUAAAUUUUACCUCUGAAUUAAUG